AUGAAGUUCAAUCCUGCAGUGUCCAGGGAUUCUGGAAAAAACCGUAAGCAGCAUUUCAAUGCUCCUUCUCAUGAAAGAAGACGUAUCAUGUCUGCACCUCUAACUAAGGAGCUUCGUGCGAAACACGGAAUCCGAUCGAUUCCCAUUCGGGUCGAUGAUGAAGUGAUUGUAAUGAGAGGACGACAUCGUGGAAACACUGGGCGCGUUAUCCGUUGCUAUCGUAAGAAGUUUGUCAUUCACGUUGAUAAGAUUACACGAGAGAAAGGAAAUGGCUCUACUGUGCACAUCGGAAUCCACCCGUCAAAGGUUGCGCUCACAAAGUUGAAGCUUGACAAAGAUCGUCGUGAUCUGGUGGAACGAAAGGCUGCAGGACGAGCCAAAGCAAUUGGAAUGCUCAAAGGGAAGCAUACCGAUGAGAGUGUGGCUUAA